AUGCUGAGCCCACAAGGCUGGCAACUAACUGGAUACGACCUCGUUUCCGCGGCCCCAGCCCGAAAAAUCGUGGUAAUGGAUCAAAAGAAAACACUCCUCCAUAUCCCCAGCCAAGCCAACAAGGCGAUACAAACAGAACAAACAGGCAGAGCAGGCCGGCAGGCAGGCAUGGAUGGCGGACCAAGCGGAAUGUCCCAUUUCGAGCGAGGACAUGAAGCACCAUGUUGGCAGCCACAAGCGUCAAUGAGAGUCCACCAGUCUGGUCGUCUCAGAGCCUCCGCCACCUCGACGUUGCCCCAUCUUCACCUGCCAGAGCAGACCUUCCUUGCCUCCCCUUCCCUUUCCCUUUCCCUUUCGGGUGACUGCUGUUUGCUCUUCUCAUCAAUGUUUCCAUCCAUUCAUGAGAACGGCAAGGCUGAUGACGCAGGGAGGGCACAGGCACAAAGCCUCGGUCAGAUCUUGGCUCGGACCAUGUUCCCGAGUCCAGCCAAGUGGGCGCCACUGCAACUUGUUUUCCGUCGGCAGCCCAUCAAGUUGGGAGACAUUCUGUAUAAUAAAUAG